CUCAAGAAACUGCAGCUGGCAGCUGGCAGCCCUCGCACAGGACGAUGGGCGCCAACCUGUGUUCUGCCAAUAUCGCUCAAGGUGCAUUUGCGAGCUGUGCUGUUUGCAACACCGUGGAUGCUGCUGAUUGGAUUUUUUGCCUCGAUACCAGACAGGCACCGAUCAAGAAAAAGCGAAGAGCCAAGGACAAGUAUGCGAAAGAAGCGGAAGAAAUCGAUGUCGAAAGGCUUGAGGAGCUAACUUUGGAGCUUUUCAAGGCGCAUGACUUGAAUGACGAUGGCCUUCUGCAGGAAAGCGAACUCAUCACGUUGAACGUGCGCAUUGCCAUGCUCCAUCACGACAAGGCGGCAGUAGAGUUGCAGGAUGUCAGAGAUACGUGCGCCGGGGGUCAAGAUUUUGGGCACGUGAAAGCAGAUGCGAAGUACCAGCGACUCUUCCGCACCAAGUUGGACCACUUGGGCCGGGCCGUUCCCUUCGACACCUUCCGAAGGUGGGGACAUUCCAUGGUUGCUGUCAUUCGAACCUCCAAUGGGGUUCUGAAUCAAUCAUGGUCAAACUAUGGAUGUUCGCGGCAGACUAUAGAGACUUUUUGUGGUUCAUGUCCCAAGACUGCAAAUGCUGGGGCUGGAUAUAUGAGAACACUGUUUCACUCCCUUGAAGGCCAAUCAUCCUGUCAGAAACAUCUUGACAAGAUACGUAACAGAACACCUUCAUUGGAUAUCAGAAUCGUUUGUACUUCCUUGUUUGUAGUAUUUUGA